AUGGCCUCAAGCAAGGCAGAGGGUCGUCGCGAGGAUGCUCUCGUCAAGCAACGAGACCAAAUGCGUGAGGAUUUCGAACGACAGAAGAAAAACCUCAUCAACGAAACCGAAAAGGCCCGCCCCUCUGCCAAUCGUUUCGUUGGACAGCACGAUUCCAUGGAAGAUACUCUCAAGCAUAAUACCGUUGGUCUUGUUCAUUUGGAGGAGUUCCAGCAAAAAAGAAAAGAAUUAGAAGAAGCGAAGGCUAGAGAGGCAGCGAAAACGAAUGAACUAAAAGAGGAAACAAAGAAGGUGAAGAAAAGGAAGAAAGUCUCCAAAGCUACACUCUCUUUUGCUAUGGACGACGAAAACGAGGACGGCGAUUCAGUAGUGGAUAGCUCUGGUGCCGCCAAGGACAAGGAUAGCAACGGUGAAGAUGUCCCACCUGCUAAACGCAGCAAGUUCCGCAAAAACCCCAACGUCGACACCUCAUUCCUUCCUGAUAGGGAACGAGAAGAGGCUGAGAGAAGAGAGCGAGAGCGCUUAAGGCAAGAGUGGCUUCGACGACAAGAAGAAAUCAAGCACGAGGAUAUUGAAGUGACGUAUUCUUACUGGGACGGUAGCGGACACAGAAAGAGCGUCAUUUGUAAGAAAGGCGACGAUAUCGCUAGUUUCCUAGAGAAGUGUCGCUCUCAACAUUCCGAGCUGCGUGGGGUUAGCGUUGAUAACCUCAUGUAUGUCAAGGAGGAUCUUAUAAUACCCCAGCAUUAUACCUUCUAUGAUUUCAUCAUUAACAAGGCGCGGGGCAAGUCAGGACCUCUGUUUAACUUCGACAUUCAUGAUGAUGUUCGCCUUCUGGCCGAUGCCACCAAGGAGAAGGACGAAUCUCAUGCUGGGAAAGUUGUUGAGAGAAGUUAUUAUCAGCGGAACAAACACAUCUUCCCUGCGUCGCGGUGGGAGGUAUUUGAUCCGGAAAAGAACUACGGAAAAUACACUAUUGCCUGA